UAAAGAGAGAGACAGAGCCAAGAGAGUUGAGGGAGAACCCAAUUUCUGAAAAAGUGAUAUGAGUGCAAUCAGUUUACAAUAAAGAUGUAUUUAUAGGUGGUAGUUUUAAAAAUUUUGAGGAGGGGUGGUAUUUUGACAAAAAAAUUAUAAAAUUGGUGGCAUUUAGGGCUAUUUCCCAAAAAAAAAAAACCGAUGACCUCCUCAACAACCCCUCUGGUCACCACCACACCCUCUCACCGCCAACACCCGCCAUCAAUUGACAGACUCACAUUCCUCAUCGACAAGUCAAAAUCCAUCAACCACCUUCUGCAAACGCACGCCCUUCUCCUCCGCCACGGUCUCCACAACCACCCAAUCCUCAACUUUAAGCUCCAACGCUCCUACGCCUCUCUCGGCCGCCUCGACUACACAGUCGCCCUUUUCCAACGAACCCACAACCCCAGCGUCUUCUUCUGGACCUCCAUCAUCCACAGCCAUGCCCAAUGCGGUCUUCAUGACCUUGCCCUCAUGUACUACACCCAAAUGCUGACCAAUGGCGUAGAACCCAAUUGCUUCACCUUCUCCGCUGUCAUGAAAACUUGCCCGCUUAGACUCGGAAAAGCCCUCCAUUCCCAGACGAUUAAACUCGGGUUUGAUUCGGAUUUGUAUGUCAGGACGGGUCUUGUUGAUGUUUAUGCGAGAGCUGGUGAUGUCGUGUCUGCAAGACAACUGUUUGAUACAAUGCCUGAGAAGAGUUUGGUUUCUUUGACGGCGAUGAUCACUUGUUAUGCAAAAAGAGGGGAGGUUGAGGAGGCCCGUGUGCUGUUUGAUGGGAUGGAGGAGAGAGAUGUGGUAUGUUGGAAUGUGAUGAUUGAUGGGUAUGCUCAGCAUGGGAUGCCAAAUGAGGCUUUGUUGCUGUUUAGGAAAAUGCUGGUGGCGAAAAUUAAGCCAAACGAACUGACUGUACUGUCUUUGCUCUCUGCUUGUGGGCAGCUUGGGGCUCUUGAAUCAGGUCGAUGGCUUCAUUCUUACAUUGAAAAUAAUGGGAUUCAAGUCAAUACUCAUGUGGGAACUGCUUUGAUUGAUAUGUAUAGUAAAUGUGGUAGUUUGGAGGAUGCUUGUCUGGUUUUUGAUAUGAUCGAUGAGAAGGACGUUGUUGCUUGGAAUUCGAUGAUUGUAGGUUAUGCAAUGCACGGAUUUAGCCGAGAUGCAUUGCAGUUGUUCCAUGAAAUGUGUAGACUUAGUUGCCAACCUACUGAUAUAACCUUCAUUGGUGUUUUGAGUGCUUGUGCCUAUGCUGGUUUGGUCAGCGAGGGACGAGCUUUUUUCAGUUCAAUGAAGGAUGAAUAUGGAAUUGAACCGAAGAUUGAGCAUUACGGGUGCAUGGUAAAUCUCCUCAGCCGUGCUGGACAGCUUGAAGAAGCAUAUGAGUUUGUCAAGAACAUGAAGAUAGAUCCUGAUCCUGUCCUAUGGGGAACUUUACUUGGGGCUUGUAGACUCCAUGGUAACAUUACUUUGGGAGAGGAGAUAGCAGAGUUUCUCCUUGGCCAAAACCUCGCAAAUUCAGGAACAUUUAUUCUUCUUUCUAACAUCUAUGCCGCAGCUGGGAACUGGGAUGGGGUGGCAAGGGUGAGGACCUUGAUGAAACACAGUGGGAUUCAGAAGGAGCCUGGUUGCAGCUCAAUUGAAGUGGAUAACAAGGUGCAUGAAUUCCUUGCAGGGGAUAGGAGAAGCCCGAGGAGCAAAGAAAUAUACAUGAUGAUCAAGGAGAUGAACCAGUGGCUUACGGCUCACGGUUACACCCCACAAAUUGAUACUGUGCUACAUGAUUUGGGGGAGAGAGAAAAGGAGCAAUCCCUUGAAGUUCAUAGUGAGAAGCUUGCUAUUGCUUUCGGGCUAAUAAGCACUCAACCCGGAACUACAAUCAAAAUUGUAAAGAACCUCCGUGUGUGUUCGGAUUGUCAUGCCGUGACCAAGCUAAUUUCAAAAAUUACCGGGCGGAAGAUUGUAAUGAGGGACAGAAACAGGUUUCACCACUUUGCAAAUGGUUCAUGCUCUUGUGGCGAUUACUGGUGAAUAGUAAAUUACCAAUAUUGGUUCC